CCAGUCGCGGUCUCUUAUCACCAUUAUACUCAUAGACAUACUAUAAAAUUAUUUAAUAAUUGUUUAAUAUAGGUUUUUCCCAUAAAUCUAUAGUUUUAGUUUAUAGGUUUAUAGUUAAAACAGUUAUACAUUCAAAUAUCAAGGUUUUCAUGCUUGAUGCUUCGUCACAGAUUAGAAAUUAGAAGCAAUAUUUAUUAUUAUUUAUAAAAUUGUAUUUUUCAUUAAAAUUAUGUGCGAGAUCACUUGUGAAAAUUUUUAUUCCGAAUUACCGGUCAUUGAAGACGCAAUCAGAGAAUGUGCUUUUAUAAGCUUAGAUAUGGAGUUCUCCAAAUUAAACGACAAUGCAUCAAAGCCAUUUAGUUUAUUUGAUACAACUGAAGAACGAUACAAUAAAUUGCACCAAAUAGUAUCUGAUAUUACCUGUAUUCAAUUGGGUAUUGCGAUUUAUAAUUAUGAUGCUGAAAAUAAAACAUUUAAAACAAGCACUUACACAUUUUAUACAUACCCUCAGACUUUUUAUAAAUCUGAUAGUGUGGUCAAUUUUCAAACAUCAUGUGUUGAAUUCUUAUGCAAAUAUAAUUUUGAUUUUAAUAAGUUGUUUCAUAACAGGGUACCAUAUUUAACUGACAAAGAAGAAUUAAAAAUAAAGUCAGAAAUGUUGGAUGAAUUAUUUUUUGACAAAUAUUUUGAAACGUAUAUAAAAUUUCGUUCUAUUGAAGAAGAAUUAAUGAAAAUUUUAAAAAUUGUUUCUCAAUGGUAUGAUACUGCCAACUAUGGAGAGCAGACAUUUUUGGAAAUAAAUGGAUGCAAUGACCCUGCGUACAUAAUCCUAAUGCAAUAUUAUCUGCUGAAAAAGUUAAAAUAUAUACUCAUAGAUGAAAGUCAACUAGGAUUAAAUAUUACGAAAAUAGAAGGCAAUUCCAAUUCAGAAGCAUUGAACAAAAAAAUUUAUGAAAAUCUAAAAUUAAGUUUAUUAAAUAAAAUGAUGGGUAUCAAAUAUUUAAUGAAACUUAUAUCAAAGUUGAAAAAACCGAUAAUUGGACAUAACUGUGCUUUAGAUAUUUUGAUUUUAUCUAACCAAUUUUUCACACCCUUACCUGAGAACUUCAAAGAUUUCCAAAAUUUUGUAUCUAAAAAUUUUGGAUCAAUUUAUGAUACUAAAUUAUUAUGCAAGGAAGUUAAACGUAUAGUAUCUAAAAAUGAUAAAUGGGUAGGAAGUUCUCUCUCAGAAAUAUAUUCAUAUUUAAAAGAUGGAGACGGCGAAAAAUAUUCAGAUAAUACAUGUAUUCAGUUGAUCGGUAUUGAAGAACCUCAAGAUAUGAAAUUACAUCAUGCUGGGUGGGAUGCCUACUACACAGGUUAUUGUUUUGUUAGAAUGAUUCAUAUUAUUAAAAGCUUUUCUAGUAAAUCUGAAAAAACGGGUAUGAGAUAUACCUUAACAGAACUUUUAAAGUCAAUAGAAUUUUCUAAAAACAAAUUGUUCACCUGUCGGUCAAUAUCAAAUAUUUUGGAUUUAGAGGCAGCUGAUCAUCAUAAUCAAACUAAUUAUUUAAUUAUUCAGAAUAAAGGAAUUCUGUAUAAGGCUUUGGAUCUUAAAAAACUUAAACAAGAUCUCAAUGAAAUCUGUAGUUUUGAUAUAAAAUUACUUUCAAACUAUACUGCAUUGGUUGCCUUCCCUUUCAUGCAUAGUCGUAUCAUUUAUAAACUAAAGGCAGACUACAAGGUGGAGAAUUAUUCAAUUUAUCAAAGAAAAAAAACAAACAAACAAAUUAUUGGCCUCAGUUUAGCUAUAAUAACUACUUGUGUAACAAUUUUAAAAUAUUUAAGGAAAUAAUUAAUGAU